UAUGUAGUCUAAGCUACACCUAACAUCAGUCUUGUGACACUAGUCACGUACUGUUAAUGCAAGCAAAGUUUUCCUUUGUGAUUGCGAUAGAUAUCAGUGGCUGAAAGGUUACCUUGCUGAUAUUGGCAAUACAUAACACAUUUAAGGCCACUGUGCAGUUGUCAUGUCAGCAAUGUGUGUGUGUGUGUGUGUGUGUGUGUGUGUGUGUGUGUGUGUGUGUGUGUGUGUGUGUGUGUGUGUGUGUGUGUGUGUGACAGGUGAUGGAAGGGGCCUGCACUGCAUACACAAAGCUAUUUUUUUUAUCUCACUGCUAAAAGUAAUCACACAAAACGUUUUUGAGAGUUUUCUUUUAAAGGUACACUAUGCAAGAUUUCCACCUUAAUAUAACCUUUACGAAGCCAGUUUGAUGGUAAACAAAUUUGUGAUGGGGGAAGUGUUCACAUAGCUAUACAGCGUAGCUCAGCAAGUAGCAAGUGACAGGUCUGUGCUGGUGAGAAGGCAUGUAUCAUAUGAGUGCUCAAUGGUGUUUUUUGCCCCCAACGGCACCUUCCAGGCAGCACAGCCUAAAAGGCACUACCUUUACCCUAUUCCUAACCUUAACCCCCUCAACCCUCAUCCUACCCCUAAACUGAGGGGAGUAGUGCCUUGAAGGCAGCGCUGCCUGGAAGACACCAUUGAGGGCAUAUAAUACCAAAGACCCAAAUGACUACUGUGAUGGAUGAGAGAUAAAUAAAGAUGUCACACUACAAAGCAAAUAGCUUAGUAAUGGAAUAUACUACGUAUAUGCUGAUGCAGUUUCUUUGCUAUGUAUUUGUAUCUGUAUGUUAUAGUGAUUUAGGAGUUCUCUCGACCAUGCUCCUUCUAAUGGCCUGUGCAGAUUUCAGAUUUUGUCAUAGCCAACAAAUUUCCAGUGUCCAAAUUUCCAGAAGUUGCGAGUGACCCGACCAUUAUUUUUUAGAAGUUUCUCCAAAGUCCACCAUUUAGGAUGGUCUUUUAGCCUUUUUUGUAAAUGUCGUACAGGCCCAGGAGAAGUUAUCGCAAAGCCAUGAGUGAACCAGUCCAACAGUAGGGCAAUGGGCUCAUUCAGAUGUAGAAUGAGAGACUUGAGGGACCUCACACUUCUGCAUGCUUGAUUCAUCUCACACAUGGGUUGGAUAAGAUAUAAACUACGUAGUAUAAACCACAUUUCCGACAACUUCAGCCAACACAUACUACUUCAUGGUACAGGCCCAGGGGAUGAUAUUGAGGAAUAACGUGCGGACAUUUGGCCAGAUGAUCCGGCUCUACACCAAUAAGAACAGCACGCUCAAUGGGACAGAUUACCCAGAUGGGAACAACUCCAGUGAGUAUGUGGUCCAGCCUACCACGUACCUCCCUGAGAACUUCACCUACUCAUUGAACCUGCCCUGCCCAGAACGCCUGCCCUCUAUGAAGGGCCCCAUUGAGGUAAACAUGACCGAGUUUCCUGUAGAGGAGCUGGAGAUCAAGUUCAAGCAGCUGGGCAUUCAGUACGGAGGCCACUGGAGACCGACGGACUGCCAACCCCGCUGGAAGGUGGCUGUUCUCAUCCCCUUCAGGAAUCGUCAUGAGCACCUACCCAUCCUGCUGCUGCACCUCACACCCAUACUGCAGCGCCAGAGACUUCAGUUUGCCUUCUACGUCAUCGAGCAGACGGGUACCCAGCCCUUCAACCGUGCGAUGCUGUUUAACGUGGGAUUUCGUGAGGCCAUGAAAGACCUGGACUGGGACUGCCUGGUCUUCCACGACGUGGACCACAUCCCCGAGAACGACCGCAACUACUACGGCUGCACCAACAUGCCUCGGCACUUCGCCGCCAAGCUGGACAAGUACAUGUACAUCCUGCCCUAUAACGGCUUCUUCGGGGGUGUCAGUGGACUGACGGUGGAGCAGUUCCGCAAGAUCAACGGUUUUCCCAAUGCAUUCUGGGGCUGGGGAGGAGAGGACGACGACCUGUGGAACAGGGUGUCCUAUGCUGGCUACAAUGUAACACGACCCGAGGGAGAGAUUGGCAAAUACAAGUCCAUUCCACACCAUCAUCGAGGGGAGGUGCAGUUCUUGGGCAGAUAUAAGUUGCUGCGCUACUCAAAGGAGCGCCAGCACCUGGAUGGCCUGAACAAUCUGAACUACACGCCGGAGGUGUCCACCUCCAGCCUCUACAAGAACAUCAGUGUCAACCUGCACCCUGAGCUGGCUCCGAUUGCAGACUACUGAACGCAUGACACACACACACACACACACACACACACACACACACUCACACGCUCAUGUCUGAUAUGCUCCACCCGGGGGUGUGUGUGUGUGUAUAUGUGUGUUUGAGUGUUUGAGUGUGUGAGAGUGAGAGUGAGAGAGAAAGGA